CCGCACCGCCGAGCCCCGGCUCUGGAUGCUGGAUGUUCUCCAUCUCGAUGCCCUCGCUGGAGUCGAGUUUCUGCGGGAGCUGCUGCGGUCUGACUCGGGAUGAGCUCAUGGUCCACUUCGAUGUUUAAAUGAGUCCGGUAACGAUGUUUCUCGUGAGGAGAGCGCGACACACGACUGUGCUGCUGCGGACACAGCGGCUCAACUACAGCAACAGCAGGAGGACAUUGUGUGUCUCACACACUCACCUGAACCAGAGGAAGGGUUUAGUGUUGGGGGUUUUUGAGAAGGAGGAAGAGGAGGCCAGUCUUCAUCUGACACAAGCAGCCAAAGGCUUUGACCAAACGGUGUCUGGGAAACUCUCUGAACUACUGAAAAUCUCUGGACCUGCUCUGAAGAAAGGGAAAACUAGAAUAUUUUAUGGAAUCCAUGAGGACUUCCCCUGUGUGGCAGUAGUAGGGCUUGGUAAGAACAAUGCAGGGGUGUGUGGUGCAGAGAACUGGGACACCAGCAAGGAGAACAUCAGACAGGCAGUGUCAGCUGGCUGCCGCUUACUUCAGGACCUGGAGGUGAACCACGUGGAGGUGGACGGCUGUGGUGACUCCCAGUCAGCAGCUGAGGGGGCUGUUCUGGGCUUAUUUCAUUAUGACCAACUCAAAGCCAAGAAGAAGACCAAAGUGACAGCACAGCUUCAUAAAAGUGCUGACUUGGUCGGGUGGGAGAAAGGAGUCGCGUAUGCAGAAGGUCAAAACCUGGCACGGCUGCUGAUGGAAGGGCCAGCAAAUCACAUCACUCCUACCGUCUUCGCCAACACCAUCGAAGAGAAACUCGCACCACACGCUGAGCGAGUCACGGUAAAUAAGAGAUCUGAGGCUUGGAUAGAGGAGCAGAAGAUGGGAGCAUUUCUCAGUGUGUCCAAAGGUUCAGAGGAGCCCCCUGUCUUCCUGGAGCUUCAUUACAAUGGAUCGUCUGACAGCACACAGGCCCCGCUGCUCUUAGUGGGCAAAGGCAUCACCUUUGACACUGGUGGCAUUUCUCUGAAGCCGUCUGCUUCUAUGGAUGCAAUGAGAGCUGACAUGGGCGGUGCUGCCACCGUGUGUGCUUCUAUUGUCACAGCAGCGGCUCUGAAACUGCCAAUCAACAUUAUUGGUCUGGCUCCGCUGUGUGAGAACAUGCCCAGUGGAAAGGCCACCAAACCAGGUGACGUUGUAACCGCCAAGAAUGGAAAAACUAUUCAGGUUGAUAACACAGACGCAGAGGGCAGACUGAUUCUUGCUGACGCCCUCUGUUAUGGACACACCUUCAGCCCCAGAGCCAUUGUUAAUGUUGCUACACUAACAGGUGCAAUGGAUGUAGCACUUGGCUCAGCAGCAACUGGAGUCUUCACUAAUUCUGACUGGCUGUGGGAGCAGCUUCACAAGGCCAGUGUUGUGACAGGUGACCGAGUGUGGCGGAUGCCUCUGUUCCAGCACUACACCAAACAGGUGACUGAGAGCCAGCUGGCCGAUCUCAACAACGUCGGCAAGUACAGCCGUUCCGGCGGAGCGUGCACAGCGGCUGCGUUCCUGAGAGAGUUUGUCACGGCUCCUCAUUGGGCUCAUUUGGACAUCGCUGGUGUAAUGAGUAAUCAAGAUGAAGUUCCCUAUCUGAGGAAAGGCAUGUCUGGAAGACCGACGCGUACACUGGUGGAGUUUGCAGCUGGACUGACGCAGCACAGCUGAGAGAUGGACUCUGGAACCAUCAUUUGGCAACCUUUUCUCUGUGAUCUUUCCACAGAGAGAUCGAGUGCCAAAGACCAAGGAGUCAAAGUCUUUGCAGAAUUAUUAAUAAAUAGUAUAAUUUU